CAAGACAUUUCGGCUUCCGUACUUCGCGUUUUGGAUAUUGGUACAGAUAGAGAAGUUUCGUCCGUGCAAGUUGCGCUGUCAGUGCAAGAACGUGGAAGUCGGAGCGAUGUUGACAGCACGCAAAGCCCUGUGGAACGCAACGCGGCUCUUGGAGAGCGUCGUCGCGCCGAAGAGCUCGCAUGUGUCACGGGCCUGCAUCUCCACAGGUACACAGCAGCAGCAUGGAACGUUCUACGAGUUCCGUACAUACUGCAUCUAUCCGCACCAGAACGCAGCGUUCCUGCGGCUGACCAAUGAGAAGAUCCACCUGCGCACGGCCCACUCUGAGCUGCUGGGCUACUGGAGCGUGGAGUACGGGGGCCUCAACCAGGUCUUCCACAUCUGGAAGUAUGACAGCUAUUCUCAGCGGGCAGGCGUGAGGGCAGCCCUGGCGCAGGACCCCAGCUGGAUAGAGCAGUACAUCUCCAAGGCGAUGCCCAUGCUCACCUCACAGGACAACGAGGUCACCUACCUGGUACCCUGGAGCAAGAUACAGCGCCCACCCAAAGAAGGAGGUGUGUUUGAGCUGACGUCGUUCCAGAUGCGUCCGGGCGGUCCGGCGGUGUGGGGUCCGGCGUUCCAGGCGGCAGUCAGCGCUCACGCAGCCGUGGGUUACGCCUGGCCAGUAGGGGUCUUCCACAACGAGUUCGGACCCAUGAACCGCGUGCAUGUUCUGUGGUGGUAUGAAGGGGCAGAUCAGCGUGCUGCUGACAGACACAAAGCUCACGGGGACCCUCGAGUGGUAGCUGCAGUGAGGGAGAGUGUGUCCUAUCUGGCGUCCCAGCAGAAUAAGCUCAUGUUCCCCACACCGUUCUCCCCCAUGAAGUGACGUCACACACACCCGACGCCCUGCACCCCCCACACCCCUACUCCACUACCCCCCACUACCCUCCACCCUGCCCUCCACCCUGACUCAGUAGUGUCCAGACCCGUCCAGAUUUGAUAACGAUCAUAAUCCACCCCUGAAUAGCGAUGUGAUUAACCGUCAUCUGAUGCCUUUAACACUAUAAGUGCCUUUAGCUCUAGAUAUCAUCCCAAUACGGUGAUUAACCGUCAUCUGAUGCCUUUAAAUCUUUAGCAGUGUCUGACUGAGAUGGGGGUUGUUUGGACGUUAUGAGUAAAUUAAUGAAUAUAUGAAUAAGGGACUAAUAAUGCAGGGAACAGUGAGCUUGAUUAAGCACAAGUAAUUCAUUCAUUGAUCUUUGAGCGCAUUGCGCAUGGUCAAGAAGAGGAUCAGUGCUUCCUGUUGUUGGAAUCAAACUUGAAUUGACUCCUGGGACCAGUGAAGCCUUAUUUCAGUGAGUCAGUGUUUCAGACGUGAUGUUUCUGUUAACUUCAGAUACUCGAACACACACACACACACACACACACACUCUUAUGUAGUAUGUUACCUCAUUUUCUACUCUGCUGUGAAUAUUAAUACACACACACACACACACACACACACAGACUCUCACACUCUAAGAGACUCUCUCUCUCUCACACACACACACACACACACACACACACUCUCAAACGUAUACUCACUCACAUUUACCUGUUCUAAUUUGAGACCAAAGUAACCUGACAUGUUUGGUUUUACCUGCUUCACUCUCCUGUAAUAAAACUAAAGAUAUGACAAA